CUGUGCUCACAUCUGUCUUCUGCUUCUGGACCGACUGUCUCGCUGUCAGCUCAGCUGAUUCUGCUCAGAAACACAAACCACACAAACAGGCGGCUAGAGGAAGAUGGUGAUUCAGCUCUGACAACUAACUAGAAGACAUCUGCAAACACCUCACACACAAGCAUCUGCUGCCGCUGGCUGUUGAGGAUCAGUGGAAGGGCAAGAGGUGCCUUGCUUCCCAGUACUUCAACAGUAGCUGCUGAGGAAGACGAGAGGAGCCACUUCACCAACAAGGCCAUAACCCGGCUGCUCCAAGGUCUUCAAGUCCUGCAUCCUGAAACAGGUGAAUCUUGUACUCGAAGAGCGGCUGCUGAGAGAUAAUCUGUUGGCGUUUUGAAGAAUCUGUGCUGAGCUAUAAUCGGUCAUGGCAGACUGGAGCCUACUGGGAAACUUCCUGGAGGAAGUACAGGAGCAUUCUACCUCUGUUGGCAAGGUGUGGCUGACCAUCCUGUUCAUCUUCCGCAUCCUGGUACUCGGGACGGCUGCUGAGUCGUCUUGGGGAGAUGAACAGGAAGAUUUUAACUGCGACACCGAACAGCCAGGCUGCGAGAACGUCUGUUAUGACCGAGCGUUCCCUAUAGCACAUAUACGAUAUUGGGUGCUCCAGAUCGUGUUUGUGUCCACUCCCAGCCUGAUCUACAUGGGCCACGCCAUGCACACUGUUCGCAGAGAGGAGAAGAGGAGGAGCAGAGAGGUGGAGGGGGGAGAGGAAGGUGGGAGAGAGGAGGAUCCAGGAGGAGGUGAAGGAGGAGGACGAGGAGAGAAAGAGGGGAGGGAGGGAGAUAAGGAUGAAGGAAAGGACAAAAGAGAAGGUCCAUCAGCAGGUCGAGUUCGUCUGCGGGGAGCACUGCUACAGACGUACAUCCUGAGUAUACUGAUACGAAGCAUCAUGGAGGUGGUGUUUCUGUGUCUCCAGUACUUCUUGUAUGGAAUCUUCCUCCAUCCUCUGUACGUCUGCAAGGCCUGGCCAUGUCCACAUCCAGUGAACUGUUACGUCUCCAGGCCAACAGAGAAGAAUGUCUUCAUCGUGUUCAUGCUGGCUGUGUCGGCUGUCUCUCUGGUCCUCAGUGUGCUCGAACUGCAUCACCUGGCGUGGAGACACUGCUGCAGGCGGUUCUUUAUCACGGGGAGAGCCGUCAUUCCUGCUAAUGCCUCGCUGGCCCGGCAGCUCUCUUUGUCUCCUCCACGGCCGUCAACCCCACCUCCAGACUUCACCCAGUGUAUGAUUGGCUCAUCACACUUCCUGCCCCUGCCUUUCCCAACCCACCGCCUGGCCAACCAACAAAACUCAGAGAACAUGGCCACUGAGAAGAACAAAAUAGCCGCCGCAGCAGAGGAGGUAAGCCUCCUUCAAAUGAGCUGCUACUCGCCAGAGUGGCAGAAGGCUAGUAAAAACCAGAUCCAAGAUGGUGGAUACCUGAGGACCAACCCUGACUACUACAGCCCUGGGAGCAGGGACAUCAGCUGCCCUCAGACCCAAAAUGGUGGACCAGAUGGGCUGCUGCUUUGCACGAAUGGAGGGCUGUGUCAGAAGGACAAACGAAGAUUCAGCAAAACAAGCGGAACAAGCAGCCGAACAAGAGCAGAUGACCUAUCUGUUUAGAAGGAAAACAGAAACAGAUAAACUAACAGAUAUAUUUGACCCUUUUACCCCUGCUAACAUGCACAUAAAACACAUAAAACACAUAAAACACAGAGGAAUCAGAGCCUACACAUUUACCAUGAACACUUAUUCUGUCUUUUGUCUCUGCUUUCCUGUUUUUGUCUGCAAAUCUUGCAAGAACUCCGCCUGUUGCAUGUUCUUGUACCAAAACCAUUUCACACAACCCCACACACAGGAUUUUAUCUGCUGACUGUGUGCACCAACUGAUGCAGACUGAAAAAGACCUGGUCCAACUUGGUCUGAUCAGUCGUCACGCCCCAAAUCAUGAGACCCCAACUUCAUAAGCCAAAAGUGGAGUGCUUGAAUAUUAAACUGAACCACUGAACUUGCACUGACAAUAAUCAGAGCUGUUCAGAUUUCAGUUUAAGUGUGUAAGUGUGCUUUUAAAAGAAGAAAUACAGAACUGUACAUGCAGAGUCAAUGCACAUUCAUCUGGAGAAUCAAGUUCAACAUCAUUUAACAGCCGACGAUGUGGAAAAAAUAAAAUGACUCCUGCUGUGAUCUCACACUCCAGUUUGCAGUGUUAAAUGCUGGAAGUUUCCAGGCUCUACAGAAAUCUGUCAUCUCGCUGUAACUGUCAGCUGACAGUCCACGAGGCCUGAGACAGAGCUGCUCUAAUCACAGUGAACUCAACAUUUAGGUGCUAUGGUUUCCAACAAACCUGCACUGUUUGUGCUCUGAAAAGAUUACUCUCACAGUUUGCACGUUUUUGCAGAAACACUGUGAUGUUCACAUUCUGAAGCUGACUGUUGGUGACAGCUGAUGAUAUAUGUUAAAAGAGUUUAUCCAGAGUCAUUACUGUUCCAUAGUUCACAAGCUGGCGUUUUUAAUCAAACUGUUAUCUAGUGGCCAUUCUGUUAGAUCUGACUGAUUUACAGCUCUUGAAUCUACUCAGGAAAUUAACCACUGAGCCUUACAGCCACGACACCGGAGGAACUGGGAGCUUUCUGAUCCCUCAAGCAACCAAAGUUUUACCUGUGGAAUUAGCCCAAUGUGCUGAUUUACUCUGUGAAAUGGGGUGGACACUGACUUCUUUAACAUUGUCCAGUGAAAUAACAGGAACGUAAACAAUGUAAUUUUGUUACUUUGAUGAGUUUUGUCAUCUUUUUUACUCUAUAUCCAAGAGUCCAACGUGUUUGUUUUGUUGUUUUUGUUUUUUUGUUUGUUUGUUUUUUAACUACCGAAGUGCCUGUUUUAGCCCCACUGAAUCAGAGGAUAUGAAUAUGAAGCAAAUGCUGAUUGAACCUUCACACUAGCAUAUUUUUUAAACAUUUCUUCUUUGAACAUAAUAUAUGUUCAGAUUUGUUUUGUUUAUGCUAUUUGUUUGAUUGUGAUGCUGUGACACCCUAGUCUGUGUGCUUCUACUGCACUGUGAUUUCUCAUUUCAGUCAGGAACACAUCUGGACAAUGGGAUACAGUCUUUACAGUCUACAUGUCAAAAUACACUUUUCUAAAUAUUAUAAGGUGAUUACUGCUGUAAAAGAUAACUUAAAAUUGGUAGAUAUUCCCUACAUUAUGGUUUUCUAUUUAUUAUUUCACUUGAAUAAUGUGAA